AUGUCCAUCAACGCCAACGCCCGAACCCCCACCCAACCCUUCACAAAAUGCACCUUCAAAACAAGAUCCGACCUCCAAGCCGCAUGCCGCGCAAUUCUAGACCCGCUACUCCCCCUCUUCACGCCAGGCGGCAGUCGAGUAAAAGUCGGCACAUCGACAACACGCUUCGACGAAGGCGGCGCCCAGAUCGAAGGGUAUGCACGACCACUCUGGGGUCUGGCGUCGCUGCUUGGAGGUGGAUGUGAAUACCCCGAGGCGGAGCGCUGGCGUCAGGGUAUAAUCAACGGGACGGAUCCUGAGAGCCCUGAAUUCUGGGGCGAGAUUGAGGAUUUGGACCAGCGCAUGGUUGAAAUGUGUCCCAUUGGGUUUGCGCUUGCUGUUGCGCCGGGGUUCUUUUGGGAGCCGUUGACUGAGAUGCAAAGAGGGAAUAUCGGGAGGUGGUUGGCUAGUAUUAAUGCUAGGGAGAUGCCAAAUACGAACUGGUUGUGGUUUCGGGUCUUUGCAAACUUGGGAUUGAGGAAGAAUGGGGCCGAAUACUCUCUUCCUCGCAUUGAAGCUGAUAUGGAUCAUCUUGAUUCCUUCCACGUCGGUGGGGGAUGGAGUAAUGAUGGGCCUAAGAGUCAUCAUCAGAUGGAUUAUUACUCGGGUUCAUUUGCCAUUCAGUUCUUGCAGCUUCUUUACUCGAAGUUGGCUGGCGACUUUGAUCCUGAGCGUGCUGAGCGCUAUCGUCAGCGGGCAAGGGAGUUUGCGAAAGAUUUCGUGUAUUAUUUUGAUCCCAAUGGUAGCUCCAUCCCCUUCGGUCGCUCAAUGACGUACCGCUUCGCCAUGGUCGGGUUCUGGGGAGCCCUGGGCUUCGCAGAUGUCGAGCUACCAGCACCGUUAACCUGGGGCGUCGUGAGGGGAAUCCUCCUCCGUCAUUUCCGAUGGUGGUCGACGCAAGAAGACAUGUUCAACAACGACGGCACCCUAAGUCUCGGAUACUCGUAUGCCAACAUGUAUCUGACAGAGAACUAUAACUCCCCGGGAUCGCCAUACUGGUGCUGUCUGUCAUUCAUCCCACUGGCAUUACCAGAGACACACCCGUUCUGGACCGCGGAAGAAGAACCAUAUCCCAGCGCCUCUCUUCCUGAAGUGGUAGCCCUAAAAUACCCCAAACACAUUGCAAUCCGCCGUGGAGGACACUCCUUCCUGCUAUCGUCUGGCCAGGCAUGCCACUACCCUCUCAAAGCAACGCAGGCCAAGUAUGGCAAGUUCGCAUACAGUUCUGCAUUUGGAUACUCCGUUCCAACAGGGUCUUAUCAGCUCGAGCAACACGCCCCAGACAGCAUGCUGGCGUUAUCCGAGGACGGCGGCGAUAUCUGGCAGACGAGAAGGCUGGCGCUGGAUGCACGCUUUGAAGAACCCGAAGGAAAUGGCCUACCAAUACUCGUGUCUACCUGGAAACCAUGGCCAGAUGUCGAGGUUGAAACGAUUCUCAUUCCGCCGACUGUGGAAAAUGAGAACUGGCAUCUGCGCGCUCAUCGCGUGCGCACUGGUCGGGCUUUGCAGACUUCUGAGGGUGCCUUUGCUAUUUACGGAUGUCGCAGUGAUAAUGGACGGAUCCUGGGUCCUAUGGUUGAGGGUGGUUCUGAGGGGACGACGCAUGAUGACCGGAGUAGUCUGGUGGUUUCAUCGGCUGGGGCUGUAGGCAUUGUUGAGUUACACUCGGAUAUUGGACGUGCUGGUCGGAUUGUCCUGGCGGAUCCAAAUUCGAAUAUUAUUCAUGGGCGCACGCUUCUGCCAUCGCUUGCAAUGGACCUAGCACCUGGCCAGGCCUGUUGGUUCGUGUCGGCAAUCUGUGCUGUACCCGGUCGACGGCGGGAUUGGAAAGCGGCAUGGGAGCAGAAGCCGACAAUCCCAGGGUGGCUGAAGAAGCGGAUGGAGAGUGGGUGA